AUGCGCACUGCCUUUCUUCAUAAUAUGCAUUACCGUCGUGUUGCCGAUACAGAUAUAGAGUGUGAUGGGCAAAUUCCCCUUGAAAGCGAGCAAGGCCAACCCGGCGGCCCUCGCUUCAGCCUGUGCCAUAAUAUGGGGCGCUUUUUCCCACGCACCCCCUGUGGCCACACUUCCCCGCCACCCUUAAAGAACAGCGCGCCCCAUCCAUAUAAAGAGGCGUCUGACACUAAAGUCCCUGAAGUCGGUUUAUCCCUCGAGUGUUUUACCGGACUGUUCCGCAACAACGUAUCCAACCAUUCCUGCCCGACCUUAAGGGCAAAGGGGGGUAAAGCUGCCGGAUCUUGGGCCCCGAACGACCCCAUGCUGAGUCGCGGCAGCCUUCGGCGCGCCAUUUUCAAAAAAGAAACAAUGCAGAAAAAGCGAACCCACCUGAGCCCCGCCGCAUACAUCAUACGUGACGUAAGGCUUUCCAAUUCCUCCACCGAAAUCUCGUGGAGGGGUGUGACUCCCCUCAAUCUCCGUAGCGUUUUGUCACUGAGGGAAACCGUCCUAGCCGUGUGGUUGAAACAAACUCCUAUGAAUUCAUAA